AUGUCUGCAGACGCGAAACGCACGCCGCAUGUGGUUGUUGUAGGCGCCGGGUUGGCUGGCAUCUCUGCCGCCAUUGCGCUGAAAACGCGGUUGGGCUUCGAGCACUUCACGAUCUAUGAACAGGCUGAUUCUGUCGGUGGAACAUGGAGGGAUAAUACGUACCCAGGUUGCGGCUCAGAUGUCCCAGGACAUUGGUACAGCCUGUCGACCGACCUGAACCCCUACUGGCAGACCUACUACGCCGACCAACCAGAACUACGCGCGUACUGGGAGAAUCUCUGGCACAAAUAUGACCUCGUCCGUCACACUGUCCUCAACACCACCGUUCUUCGCGCAGAAUGGAGCAACGACACGCAGCGGUACACUGUGACGCUGCAAGACGUGAAGACCCAGGAGAAGAGUGAGGUGCUGGCAGAGGUCAUGUUUUAUGCGAUUGGUGGCUUCCAAGCGCCGCUGUACCCCAAAGACAUCACGGGCAUCGAGAAGUUUAAGGGGGAGUUGUUCCAUUCGGCGCGGUGGCGGCACGAUGUGAUUUUGAAGAAGAGGAGGGUGGGGGUUAUCGGGAAUGGGUGCUCUGCAGCCCAAUUUGUUCCAGAGAUAUCCAAGGACCCUUCUGUGGUGGUCAUCAACUUCUGCAGGACACCCCAGUGGUAUGUCCCUCGUAUGAACUACCGUUAUUCUGAUUUUCUUCAAUGGAUAUUUGCGCAUGUGCCCUUUGUAAUGCGCCUUUAUCGCAAUUGGAUUAUGUUCAGAUCCGACUUGAUGUUCCUGCUGUUCCGGAAGGAUAACAAAGCAGUGAUCAAAGUUGCCAAGAAGACUCUUUCGGCGUACAUCAAGAGUAAAGCACUGAAGGAAGAGGUUGAACGCUUGGUUCCAGAUUACUCCCCUGGAUGCAAGCGCAUCAUCGUUGAUCCAGGGUACCUCGACUCGUUGAACCAGCCGAAUGUCAGUCUAAAGUGGGACGCCAUCGAAUCGAUCGUCGAGGAUGGAAUCAAGCUCAAGACCGGGGAGACCGUCCCGUUGGACGUCAUUAUUUUUGGAACAGGCUAUCUUCUCGAUGCUGGACAGCAGGAUGUUGUUGGAAGCAAAGGUGGCACCAUGCUCGAGUACUAUGCAAGCAAGGGCGGUGCAAUGGCUUAUCUCGGGGCGUGCGUACCUGGCUUCCCAAAUCUGUUCAAUUUGUUGGGGCCCAACGUCGCUACGGGCCAUGCUUCAGUCAUUUUUAGUGAAGAGGCACAGAUCAACUACGCAAUGCAAGUGAUCAAACCUGUGCUCGCAGGGAAGGCGAAGUCGUUCGAAAUCACGGAGGAGGCAACGGAUGAAUACAACGACUGGCUGCAGAAACGUCUUAAGGAUUCGGUCUGGACAGAAUGCGCAUCAUACUACCAGGCGAACAGAGAUGACAAGACCAGGAUAAUCGCGACGUUCCCUGGUCCUGUUGCGCUAUUCUGGUGGUUCUGCCGUCGUCCCAAGUGGGAGUUGUUCCGCGCCGUUGGUGCACAGGCCUGGCAGAGGGAACGGAAGAUUGCGAGGGCGAAGAAGUGGGGCACCCUGAUGCUUCUGCUGGCGCUGGUGGUAGGCCUGAAGUUUUGGCUGAACGCACCGCUGAAGGGUGUCCUUCCUGCUGUUGUUGAGUGUGAGGCAUGCACUUGA